AUGGAUAAGCUCAGCUUCGAGCUCCUGGAGCAGAUCAUCGGGUACCUCAGCGCCGGCGAUGCACUGAGCUUGGCCAAGAUGUCCCGCCGCAUUCGGACGGCCUGCCACUCGCGGCUCGACCCAGAGCGGUACUUGCAGCCCACCUUCAAAUAUGCGCGGUAUCUGCUGGCCGCCAUGACCGACUUCGGCUGUGUUCUGUCUGGGUCACGCGCGCUGGAGUAUUUUGUGCCCGGGUCCAUCGAGCAUCCGAGACAGUCCCUCGGCGGCCCCGUCUCGGACUGGGACUUUUUGGUGCCGUGCCACAAAGGCAGCGUCUUUGGCAUGAUGGACGCCCUCGCCCGCUGCGGUGUGCGGUGGCAGGACUCCAUGGCCGAACUGUUUGGCCUGGUCGGCAAGCCGGCCGGGUCGUCGGCACUCAUCCGGGCGCAAUCCGUGAUGCCUAUCUUGCCAUCGCACCUGGCCAGCGACGCGCCGGAGGCACUGUCCGUCGAGGCCCUCGCGCUGUACCGGCGACUGCACAGUUUCGUCUACGUGCACACGGAUCCGGAUGCCCGGUCGUGGGUCAACGUGGAAGUCGUACAGGACCAUCCUCCUGCCUCGAGUGAACCGGGGUCAAACUAUGCCUUUGAAGAGAUCCUGCUACAGGACAUGCAGUAUCGCGGCUUCCACCCACACACAGGGCGUCCUCUGACCAGCGAGGAGGUCGACGGUGCCGACAUUGUCCCUACCGGGCCCGAGGCCUACCACGGCUACGGCUACGCGCCGAACAACACAGUGCACUUGAUCAACGGCUUCAUCACACCGCCGGGCGGCCUGCGCCAAAAGGUGCAGCUGUUUCAGUGCCACCAUGACAAGCACAAGGCGUCGACACCGCUGGAGUACAUUGUCGACACGUAUUAUGCGACGCAUGUGCAGUGCUUCAUCAGUGGCUGGGCGGCCGGCCACUUCUACUACGAUCUGGCUCGGCAAAAGAUGUCGCUGGUCUGGCAUGUGCCGUUUGGAAAAGCAGAAAAAGAACUCAAAACAUGCAUCCAGAAAUACCGUGCGCGCGGCUACCGUUUCUUCCGGCCCGCCGUCGGUGAACAGGAGAUGAACCGCACCUCCUGCACUGAGUACGAUGACGAUCUUGGCUGUGUGAGGCACGACGACAGCAACCCACUUUUCCGCAAGGCGGUGUAUACUCCCGAACAACACAUAUCCAUUGACACAGCGGUCAGGCCGACUGAUGUCACGCGCGCAUUCGAGAACAUACACAUCAAGCCAGGCCCGGUCGGUGCCGGCGAGGGGCCUCAGCGGUGGACAUCCCCGCGCUGCUCCGAUACCAUCCUGGUCGAGGGUACCAACCCUGCCCCGCUGACAACCAUCAAGACCGGCCGUCUGAGCCACGAGGGUUACGCGACCUUGAAGCGGGAUGGUGGCCGUAUCAGCAGCGGCAAGCUCGGCAAGACGGGCACGAAACUGGUCCGGUUCCACCGGCUGCAGGCCGGCCUUCACGAGGCGACCCGGACGGACAUUGAGGCAGCACGCGCAGCGCCCAAGUUGCAGGUGUUUUACAAAACGCUCGAGUACCUACUGUGCCAGUUCCAAUUUGUGACGCUGGGGCGACCCGUCGCGGCCAAGUUGAAGCUUGCCCGCGGCGUCCCGUGGGGCGGCGCCACCGACUCGUUCGGGUCCCCCACAGCAGCGCCCAGCCUGUCCCAGGCGCUGGCGUGUGCCUCCGUCGGUGAUGACGGCGACGACCUGGGCGCCCGCGGUGCGCCUCCCGGCACGCCAACCACACGCUUUGACAGCGCACGCAAAGAGUGGAGCAACUAUGAGCUGCUUCUCCUGAUGACACCCACGGCCUGCAACUGGAACGACUGCGAUGCCAGUCUCGGGUUCUCCUUGCCGCCGCAAAUAUGA